AAGUGGGAGGAAGCAAAUAGCUGCGUGUGAGGCGCCAGGAGGACCAUUUGCAGGAUAUAUAUAUUAGCAGGAGACAUUCUCUCCCAGAAACAGAGCGUCCAGAUGAAUCCCAUGACUCAGCUUUACUACAAGAAGGCGACAUACUCGCCAUACCGCGACCGCAUCCCGCUGCAGAUUGUGCGGGCUGAAGUGGAGUUGUCGGCGGAGGAGCGGGCCUACCUCACGGCGGUGGAGAAGGGCGACUAUGCAGGUGUUAAACACGCUCUCCGUGAGGCGGAGGUCUACUACAACAUGGACGUCAACUGUCUGGACCCGCUGGGCCGCAGCGCUCUACUCAUCGCUAUCGAGAACGAAAACCUGGAGAUCAUGGAGCUCUUGCUCGACCAUGGCAUCCAUACCGGCGAUGCCUUGCUCUACGCCAUCAGAAAGGAGGUGGUGGGCGCCGUGGAGCUGCUGCUGUCACACAGACGGCCGAGCGGUGAGAAACAGGUUCCCUCUCUGAUGAUGGACAGUCAGUUUUCUGAGUUCACCCCCGACAUAACUCCCAUCAUGCUUGCUGCUCACACCAACAACUACGAGAUCAUCAAGCUGUUGGUGCAGAGGAAGGUCACCAUCCCUAGACCGCACCAGAUCCGCUGCGACUGUGUGGAGUGUGUCUCCAGUUCAGAGGUGGACAGCCUACGGCACUCGCGGUCUCGACUUAACAUUUACAAGGCUUUGGCGUCACCCUCACUCAUUGCACUGUCCAGCGAGGAUCCGAUCCUGACGGCCUUCAGACUGGGCUGGGAACUUAAAGAGCUCAGCAAGGUGGAGAAUGAGUUCCGUCAGGAGUAUGAGGAACUGUCUCAGCAGUGUAAACGUUUUGCCAAGGACCUUCUAGACCAGGCCAGGAGUUCCAGGGAACUUGAGACCAUCCUGAACCACAGGGACAAUGACCAGAGCGAAGAACUGGACCCUAGACAGUGCCACGACUUGGCCAAACUCAAGCUAGCCAUCAAAUAUCACCAAAAAGAGUUUGUGGCGCAGCCAAACUGCCAGCAGCUGUUGGCCACCUUAUGGUACGACGGCUUCCCCGGCUGGAGGCGGCGCCACUGGGUGGUCAAGCUGGUCACCUGUUUCAUCAUUGGACUCCUGUUCCCUGUCUUCUCACUGAUCUACCUGCUGGCCCCCAAAAGCGCGCUGGGACGCUUCAUCAAGAAGCCCUUCAUCAAGUUCAUCUGUCACACGGCAUCCUACCUGACCUUCCUCUUCCUGCUGCUGCUGGCCUCGCAGCACAUCGCCCGCACCAACCUGCACAUGCAGGGGCCGCCGCCCACCAUCGUGGAGUGGAUGAUUCUGCCGUGGGUGCUGGGAUUCAUCUGGGCAGAGAUAAAGGAGAUGUGGGACGGGGGCUUCACAGAGUAUAUCCAUGACUGGUGGAAUCUGAUGGAUUUCGCCAUGAACUCCCUCUACCUUGCCACAAUAUCACUGAAGAUAGUGGCCUAUGUGAAGUACAACUCCUCUAGGCCGAGGGAGGAGUGGGAGAUGUGGCACCCGACGCUUAUCGCUGAGGCGCUGUUCGCCAUCGCCAACAUCUUCAGCUCGCUGCGACUCAUUUCGCUCUUCACCGCCAACUCGCACUUGGGGCCACUGCAGAUCUCUCUGGGGAGGAUGCUGCUAGACAUCCUCAAGUUCCUUUUCAUCUACUGCUUGGUCCUGCUGGCGUUUGCCAACGGUCUGAACCAGCUGUACUUCUACUACGAGACCACGGCCUCAGAAGAACCCAACAACUGCAAAGGCAUCCGCUGCGAACGGCAGAACAACGCUUUCUCAACGCUCUUUGAGACGCUGCAGUCGCUCUUCUGGUCCAUAUUCGGUCUGCUCAACCUCUAUGUCACCAACGUGAAGGCUCGCCACGAGUUCACAGAGUUUGUGGGAGCGACCAUGUUUGGCACGUACAACGUGAUCUCGCUGGUGGUUCUCCUCAACAUGCUCAUCGCCAUGAUGAACAACUCGUAUCAGCUCAUUGCUGACCACGCUGACAUCGAGUGGAAGUUCGCCCGCACCAAGCUGUGGAUGAGCUACUUUGACGAAGGUGGAACACUGCCGCCUCCGUUCAACAUCGUCCCGAGCCCCAAGUCCAUCUGGUACCUGCUCAUGUGGCUCCACAACAAGCUGUGUGGCCGAGGACAGCUGCCCGGGGACGAUCCGCACAAGUGUGAGAACCUGCGAGAGUUCACCGAGCGUCAUGCUGACAGUCUGAUACAGAACCAGCACUACCAGGAAGUCAUCCGGAGCCUGGUGAAGAGGUACGUGGCCGCCAUGAUCCGCAGCGCCAAGACAGACGAGGGUCUGACGGAGGAAAAUUUUAAGGAGUUAAAGCAGGACAUCUCCAGUUUCCGCUACGAGGUCCUGGAUCUGCUCGGCAACAGGCGUCCUCCUCGCCGGCAUUACUCCUCCUCUAGCGAGGCGGCCAGAGACGAUGGGGGCGUGGCCUCGGAGGACGACAGCGAACCGGGCGACGGCCAGCGAUCAAAGGGUGUGACCUUCACCACGCCCCUGGUGGACAGCUCCAGGCAAGCGUCGACGCUGGGCGUCUCCGCCCUGGUGCGCUCCAUUUCCGGGAUGAGCGGCGUGGAGAAAGAGGGCGAGGCCGAGGAGGGGGAGGAAGAAUGUGUGGGCUGGGGUGAGAAGGAGGAGGAGGAGGAGGAGGAAGAAGGCAAACCAAAGAGCAACGGGCUGAAGACAACGGGGGUCCUGCUUUCUGCCACCACCGCCCUUCCCCCGCCGUCAUCGUCAUCGCUGGCAUCGACGCUGUCGUCUUCGCUGGCUCGCACGAGGAACCGCCUGCAGCGUCUGUCGGCGCCGACGGCAAAGACGGACUCCUUCAAGCGCCUGUCCUUCCUGUUCUCCCGCUCCAAACGCAGAGCCCCGCCCAUGCCACUCCCCCUCCAAGCCCCGCCUUCCUACACCAUCUCCGACGGGCUGCUUUUGCCGCGGGGGGGCCGCGGCGACUUGGGACUGGGUAGUGUGACCCGGAGCGAGACUUGCCUGAACGAGGUGGGCCGCUCUGUGGACGCCGGCAGCCUCUCCUUCUCGCCGCACAGAACAAACGGACGUGAUUCGCUCCUGACGCUGCCCCCGCCGCCGUGCCCCUGCCAAUCGCUGCACUGCGCCUCCAACAUGUCCGAGUCCAGCUCACGCCUCUUGGACUCCAGCGAGGACGUUUUCCUGGGCGGCGGCGGCGGCAUGGAGGGCGCCGGCGGGAGCGGGCUGAUGAUGGUGAUGGGAGGGUGGGUUGGACCUUGUGACGACGUCGUCGAGGACAGCUGCGAAGUCAUCGAGGACUCGGUCAGCACGCAACUAUAAGCGGCGACGGCUGACUGGUCCAAUGCUCGAGAUAGGAGGCCGGCCCAAUUAAAAGCCACGCCCACUGGAACGGGACAUGAGCUCGCUGAACGUGCAUUAGCCCGUUAACAAGGCAAUUAGCGCAUCGGCCAAUCGUUUGAUUUUUUUUUUUACGCGCUGACAUCACUUUGCAAUAAGACACAUUUUUUGGAACGCCUGACAGUCGGUUACGGAAGGAGGAGCUGCAAAAACGUCAAAGAGGACGAAAUAAACGGACGAGCUGGUUUGUCCCUUUAAGCAAUUCAAGCCGCUGGAACACAGGAAGUACCAGGACUGGACCAAAGUCUAAAUGGCCUAAGAAGGACAAAGAGAAGCCCCGCCCCCUUGACACUUCUGUGACCGCUUGCAUCCCCCGCCCCCCCGCCCCCUUUCUGCACCAAUCAGGGCCAAGGAACGUCUUUCUAACACUUCUACUAGUAAUAACACUAUUAAUAAUAAUAAUAAUAAUAAUAAUAAUAGCACUAAUAAGGACUUUUGUGGUUUGCUUCUUGUUGCCUCCAAGACUUCUCUCCUUCGGUUCUUCCUCUUUUUCUUACCUUUUUUCUAAGCCGCUCGACAAAACAAACCUUGUUGGAUGUGAAAGACGGCGGUGGAGGACGAGUGAGGACACGCUCGUCUCUUUGCUACUAACGCCAACCUUCUUUUCAUCUCUAGAAGAUUCUUUAGGAGUCGCUCCGGCAUGAGCGGACGACUUUGACGCGACUCUAAGCGCUACACAAAUUAUGCAUGUUUG